AUGAUGCCGCAUGUUGGGGCUGUGUUUGCAGCAAUAGCAGGAGUGACAGCUGUCCUGCUACACUCCUCCAUUCACAAAAUAGAAGAAGGACACCUUGCUGUCUACUACAGGGGUGGGGCUUUACUGACGAGUCCCAAUGGUCCUGGAUAUCAUAUCAUGCUGCCAUUCAUUACCACCUACAGAUCAGUGCAGACUACACUCCAAACUGACGAGAUCAAGAAUGUUCCUUGUGGAACAAGUGGUGGGGUGAUGAUCUAUUUUGACAGAAUAGAAGUUGUCAACAUGCUGGUCACCUCAGCAGUGGUGGACAUAGUGAGGAACUACACAGCCGACUAUGACAAAACCCUGAUUUUCAACAAGAUUCACCAUGAAUUAAACCAAUUUUGCAGCGUGCACACACUCCAGGAAGUUUACAUAGAGCUCUUUGAUAUAAUUGAUGAAAACCUUAAGACUGCCUUGCAGAAAGAUCUUAAUGUGAUGGCUCCUGGACUUACCAUACAGGCUGUCCGCGUAACCAAGCCAAAGAUCCCCGAGUCUAUCAGAAGGAACUUUGAACUCAUGGAAGCAGAGAAGACUCGUCUCCUUAUUACUGCUCAGACUCAGAAGGUGGUGGAAAAGGAAGCGGAGACUGAGAGGAAGAAAGCCAUUAUCGAGGCUGAGAAGGUGGCUCAGGUAGCUGAGAUCCAGUUCCAGCAGAAAGUGAUGGAGAAAGAGACUGAGAAGAAGAUCUCGGAAAUAGAGGAUGCUGCCUUUGUGGCCAGAGAGAAGGCAAAGGCAGACGCAGAAUACUACACUGCUGCCAAGUUUGCUGAAGCAAAUCAGUUGAAGUUAACCCCCGAGUACUUGGAGCUGAUGAAGUACCAGGCCAUAGCAACUAAUAGCAAGAUCUACUUCGGGCAGGAGAUCCCCAACAUGUUUGUGGAGGGAAACCUCGGCCUGAACAGACCUGAAAAUAAUCACAAGACACACGAGCAGGACUAG